GUGUAUAGAAGGCAAACAACUGAGUGUUCUGACUGACGCUUCUAGGGCUUCAUAUUUCAGAGAAGGCUUAAGAGAAGAGAGAUGUUCAAUGUGUGCUAAGAAACUUAUAUUUUCUGUUGGUGAUUAAGCCAGGAAAGAAGGGAAGAAAAACAGUGUUUUCUAUACAGGAGCCAACUAAGAGAUCUCUGGAGUUCCAUAUUUCACAUCUGACAUGAUGAUUAAAUUAUUCAGUAUCACUUUGGCUGCUAUUCCAAUCAGUGUGCUAACUUUGUCUUAUCAAGACAUCUCUCAGAAGCCUGGAGGAAAUGUGAUCAAUACAGAGAGAGAAGAAAAAUUUUCAUGGAAAGAUACACUUUUAAUAGUGCUUGGAGCUGGAUUAUUCAUAAUAAUUGUACUUUUCUAUUGUUGCAUAAAAAAAUACAAAAAACAGGGUUUUCAACAGAGGCACUCAGAAAGAACUCCAGUGAAAAUAGAAAAACUCAGGAAGGAAAAUGCACAACUCAUGAGAGAAAAUGAACGAUUCACAAAAGAAAAUGAACAACUCAAGAAGGAAAUUGAGAGGAAGAAGGCUCAAUUCAAGUCUGCAUGGAGGGAAAUACCAUUAUAUGCUGACUGGAGGAAAGAAGAGUUCCAGACUGUAAAUCUGACUCUGGAUUCAGCCACUGCCCAUCCUGCGCUCUUUCUGUCUGAAGAGGGGAGAAGAGUAACCUGGCAAGAACCAUGUCAGGAACUUCCCAGGUGCUCACAGAGAUUUGUCUCCCUUCCCUGUGUGCUUGGUCAGCUGCAUGUCAGCUCAGGGAGAUACUUCUGGGAGGUGGAGGUUCAGAACGCACAUUCCUGGGACCUGGGAGUUUGUAGGAAUAAUGUAGCAAGGAAUGGGAGGGUCACAAUGUCACCACAGAAUGGUUUCUGGGCCAUUAGGCUCUAUGACGGGGAGUACUGGGGCCUCACAUCCCCAGAAACUUCUCUUACUCUAAAAGAAAAACCCUGUAGUGUGGGAGUAUUCCUGGAUUAUGAGGCUGGAGAUGUAUCUUUCUAUAACAUGACAGAUGGAUCCCACAUAUUCACAUUUUCCAACCAAAAAUUUUAUGGUGUCCUAAGACCACUUUUUAGACUUUGGUCCUCUGACUCAGGCCCUCUGAUCAUUGUCCAGAUGGAGGAGAACACAAUGAUGCUGUAAUUCAUAUGCCUAACCUUCCACAAUGAUUACAAUUCUCCCCACUUGACACAAAUUUAUACUUUUCUUCCUCCUUUACUCAUUUAUCCUAAGUUGAAGCUCUGAUACACAGACUGAUGGUUGUCUCCCAUAUUACUUCUCCCUUUCUUCUAAGUUAUAGGUCCCUCUUCUUAUCACUCUGCCUAUGACAGCCUAGCACAAAGAUUAGAUUUCCUGGCAUCCCCAGCUGAAUGUGACUAAAUUAUGACCAGUGCAUUUUAAAUGAAUUAUCCUGUAUGACUCUUUGGGAAAGACCCUGAUCCUGGGAAAAAUUGAGGGCAGAAGGCAAUGAGGUUGACAGAGGAUGAGGUCGUUGGAUGGC